UGUGGCGUUUUGGUAAACAGCAGAUUGAAAAGUCCGGGAUAUCCAUUUAACUAUCCAGCAAAUAUGGAUUGUGAAUACUCUGUUCCUAUUCCACCCGGAGGGCCGAUGAGAAUACACUUCGUUGACUUUGAUGUGGAGUAUCACUCAUCAUGCAGGCAAGAUAGUCCUCUCUGCCACGAGUUCAACAUUUUUCAUCGUAGGCAGCCGGUCCAAGAGUUCUCUGUCUGCUAUUAUGUUUUGCAUGCUAGUCUUACAAAAUGAGCUUCAUAAAAAAUUCAAACAAAGGCAGAUGAUGUAGCUGAAGCAAACUUUACAGCACUCGUCCAAAAAAAUACAAGGAAAACUUCCUUCAAACCUUCGUAUCAUUAGACAAGAAAAUCGUCCGUAGUCUCUGUUACUUUUCUCUAGAUUAGAAACAAGAAGCUUCAUCCUCAGCUGUGCCGCGUGGUUUCAAAUUAGCUUAAGUACUUUUAACGUCGUUUCAGCUAUCAGUUGAUCUUUAAAAUUGCACUUUUAUUCUUUCAGUCUAUCUUUGUUGAAGAUUAAUUAUAGUCGAGUUAACUCAAUCAAGAUACUGUCUUUCUGUGAAUAAAAUCUUCGAUUAAUAUUUUCUUCAUUGUAGCUAUGACUUUGUGAAGAUUGCUAAUGAUCAGAACUAUACCUUUGGUAAAUACUGUGGUCGGAGGACUGGAGAGUUGCAGUUUAUGGAAACUUCGCCAAUAUAACAUUCCAUUCAGACCCCUAUGUCGAAAAAAGAGGAUUCUUCUUCCACUUCAAAACGGUUUCCCCUGGUUUGUAUAGUUAUUAGGAUGGAAAUAUCUCAAAAUGUUUAAUGAAGUGGUGUCAGUGUGAUGUUAUCUAAAAAGAGAGAAACAAAAUAACUAUGUAACUGACAUGGAGUUUUUGUCAGUGGCAUUAAUGAACCUCUCACGGAUGAUGGCAACUGUAUCCUAUGGGUAUUCACAUGAUUUCGAGAGCAAUUUAGAAAAAAAUCAGCAUGAGUAAGUUUUUUAAAAGCUAACAAAAUUGCAUAAGCCCUUCGGGAGAGUUCAAUUCGUGGUCUAUGAAAACGUUACGAGUGCUGAUUUAUCCCAAUUUGCACGAGAUAAAAUCGUGUGAUUACUUGUUAAUAAUAAUAAUAUAUGCAAAAAGUUGACGCAGUUUUCAUUGGUGCGUCCAUUUACCUUUGUGCUGUUUCCAGUGUCGUGGGGGUCCUUCCGCAAGAGUCAGCUUCAAGCUUUUAAACUUUCUGUCAGGAAUAACUGAGUAUUUGCGAUCUUUCUCAGUUAGAAUUCGCCUUAAAAGAAGGCUAUCACUCUCGUAAUUUUAUCCCUCUGGCUUUCGUACUAACUUUAGUGUAAACCCCGAUAUAACUUUGUUCAGGGCCUCCAGUUCUCAUCUUUUAAAGAUUUUUGGCUUUUAUGGGAGCCGAAGACUUACCGACAUUUAACCAGUUGUUUGCACUUUGCUGGAAGUUUUCGAUUUUAAUCAAGACGUCAGAUAUUGAGAAAUGUAAAAAUUGGCGAUAAAAAGAGCUAAGAGAUGGCUCCUUCAAUAACGUCAAUACCAAAGUGAUUGUUCUUCGUGUCACGCUGAACUUUGAUGUUCCUGGAGCCUCUUCAACAGACAAGAGCAGAUCGCAAAAGCGUAAAAGAAACUUGAGCUCUUAUCCAGGAGAUGGCUGUGGAAUAUUGCUCUUCUUUCUUCGAGGCAAUGAGCUCUACCAAUCUACAAUGAAACCUAAGGCAUUAUUUCCCCACCCCACCCGUUGUCGUAAAAACCAGUGGGAUGAAUGUUCCCCGUUCCACAUCAUGUAUUCUUCUAGAAUACUGGCGCUUUUUCUCGUUCUCAUGUAUCCGAUAGACCAACUGGGGUUCAUGUUCCGGUACCAGUCGGUAUUAGGGUGACAAACCUUCACAUCAAAUAAUAAUAACAAUUAAAAUACUAUUUCUAAUAAUAGUAGUAGUUUUAUUACAAUUUUUACAUUUCUAAAUAUUAGCCUUUAAUUCUUUAUUGUUAUAUUUAAGCCUAGAUAAAUCUUACCUUUUUCAGUCAAAGUCCUCAGACUUUUAAAUAUAUUUAAUUUUUUUUUUUUUCCUAAGCAAACAUAUUAGUAACGUAUUUAUAUUUAAAAUUUUAUUGUUAUCGACACAUGUAAAAAAUAAAGAAUUAUAAAUUCCAUUGUAAAUAGAUUUUAGCACUUGAAAAAAAAAAUAUUUCUUUGCAUUAUUUAAAAAAAAAAAAAACAUAGAAAAUCAUAAUGAUAGCGAAGCUCGCAGAGCGUAGUCCCAUAAUUAUACAAAAUAGUAGUAACCCAUCAAACCGAAAAAAUUUGGAUGUACGACCGCACGACCGUACAAGGUGCUACUUUUAACAUGCAUGGUCAACUGUACCGCGGGCACGCCAACGCCACGGCUUUGUUCAGUAGUCCAGUGGUCAGUGCACUGGGCUCCGAGUCGGACGACCCGGGUUCUAGUUCUGGCCGGGGCAAGGCGUUGUGCCCUUAAGACGUGCGGGAAAAAAAAUGCGAGCUCCACUUUUAGGCUUGGCUUAAUCUAUAUAUUACUAUUAUUUCUUCAGAAUGUGGCGUUUUGGUAAACAGCACAUUGAAAAGUCCGGGAUAUCCAGUUGGCUAUCCAGCAAAUAUGGAUUGUGGAUACUCUGUUCCUAUUCCACCCGGAGGGCCGAUGAGAAUACACUUCGUUGACUUUGAUUUGGAGCUUCAAUCAUCAUGCAGGCAAGAUAGUCCUCUCUGCCACGAGUUAAACAUUUUUCUUUGUAGGCAGCCGGUCCAAGAGUUUAUGUGUCUGCUAUUAGUCUUGCAUGCCUAGCAAAAUGAGCUUCAUAAAAAAUUCAAACAAAGGCAGAUGAUGUAGCUGAAGCAAACUUUACAGCACUCUUCCAAAAAAUACAUGGAAAACUUCCUUCAAACCUUCGUAUCAUUAGACAAGAAAAUCGUCCGUAGUCUCUGUUACUUUUCUCUAGAUUAGAAACAUGAAGCUUCAUCCUUAGCUGUGCCGCGUGGUUUCAAAUUAGCUUAAGGACUUUUAACGUCGUCUCAGCUAUCAGUGGAUCUUUAAAUUGCACUCUAUUCUUUCAGUCUAUCUUUGUUGAAGAGUAAUUAUAGUCGAGUAAACUCAAUCAAGGAUAAUGUGUUUCUGUGAAGAAAAUCUUCGAUUAAUAUUUUCUUCAUUGUAGCUAUGACUUUGUGAAGAUUGCUAAUGAUCAGAACUAUAACUUUGGUAAAUACUGUGGUCGGAGGACUGGAGAGAGAGUUACAGUUUAUGGAAACUUCGCCUUUAUAACAUUCCAUUCAGACCCCUCUGUCGAAAAAAGAGGAUUCGUCUUCCACUUCAAAACACCUGGUUUGUAUAGUUAUUAGGAUAGAAAUCUCUCAAAAUGUUUAAUGAAGUGGUGUCAGUGUGAUGUUAUCUAAAAAGAGAGAAACAAAAUAACUAUGUAACUGACAUGGAUUUUUUUUGUCAGUAGCAUUAAUGAACCUCUCACGGAUGAUGGCAACUAUAUCCUAUGGGUAUUCACAUGAUUUCGAGAGCAAUUUAGAAAUAAAUCAGCAUGAGUAAGUUUUUAAAAGCUAACAAAAUUGCAUAAGCCCUUCGGGAGAGUUCAAUUCGUGGUCUAUGAAAACUUUACGAGUGCUAAUUUAUCCCAAUUUGCACGAGAUAAAAUUGUGUGAUUACUUGUUAAUAAUUCGCUUUAAAAGAAGGCUAUCAUUCUCGUAAUUUAAUCCCUCUGGCUUUCGUACUAACUGUAGCGUAAACUCCGAUAUAACUUUGUUCAGGGCCUCCAGUUCUUACCUUUUAAAAAUUUUUGCCUUUUUUGGGAGCCGAAGACUUACCGACAUUUAACCAGUUGUUUGCACUUUGCUGGAAGUUUUCGAUUUUAAUCAAGACGUCAGAUAUUGAGAAAUGUAAAAAUUGGCGAUAAAAAGACCUAAGAGGUGGCUCCUUCAAUAACGUCAAUACCAAUGUGAUUGUUCUUCGUGUCACGCUGAACUUUGAUGUUCCUGGAGCCUCUUCAACAGACAAGAGCAGAUCGCAAAAGCGCAAAAGAAACUUGAGCUCCUAUCCAGGAGAUGGCUGUGGAAUAUUGCUUUUCUUUCUUUGAGGCAAUGAGCCCUGCCAAUCUACAAUGAAACCAAAGGCAUUAUUUCCCCACCCCACCCGUUGUCGUAAAAACAUGUGGGGUUAAUGUUCCCUGUUCCCCAUCAAGUAUUCUUCUAGAAUACUGACGCUUUUUCUCGUUCUCAUGUAUCCGAUAGACCAAUUGGGGUUCCAUGUUCCGGUACGAGUCGGCAUUAGGGUGACAAACCUUCACAUGGAAUAAUAAUAAAAAUUAUAAUACUAUUACUAGUAAUAGUAGUUUUAUUAUAAUUUUUACAUUUCUAAAUAUUAGCCUUUAAUUCUUCAUUGCUAUAUUUCAGCCUAGAUAAAUCUUACCUAUUUCAAUCAAAGUCCACAGACUUUUAAAUAUAUUUUACGUUUUUUUUCCUAAGCAAACAUAUUAGUAACGUAAUUUUAUUGUUAUCGACACAUGUAAAAGAUAUAGAAUUAUAGAUUCCAUUAUAAAUAGAUUUAAGCACUUGAAAUAAGAAUAUUUCUUUGCAUUAUUAAAAAAAAUAUAUAGACAAUUAUAAUGAUGUACUGCUACUACUGUUUCUUCAGAAUGUGGCGUUUUGGUAAACAGCACAUUGAAAAGUCCGGGAUAUCCAUCUACCUAUCCAGCAGACAUGGUUUGUGAAUACUCUGUUCCUAUUCCACCCGAAGGACCAAUGGGAAUAUAUUUCGUUGACUUUGAUGUGGAGUUUCAAUCAUCAUGCAGGCAAGAUAGUCCUCUCUACCACGAGUUAAACAUUUUUCUUUGUAGGCAGCCGGUCCAAGAGUUCUCUGUCUGCUAUUAUGUUUUGCAUGCUAGUCUUGCAAAAUGAGCUUCAUAAAAAAUUCAAACAAAGGCAGAUGAUGUAGCUGAAGCAAACUUUACAGCACUCGUCCAAAAAAUACCAGGAAAACUUCCUUCAAACCUUCGUAUCAUUAGACAAGAAAAUCGUCCGUAGUCUCUGUUACUUUUCUCUAGAUUAGAAACAAGAAGCUUCAUCCUCAGCUGUGCCGCGUGGUUUCAAAUUAGCUUAAGGACUUUUAACGUCGUUUCAGCUAUCAGUUGAUCUUUAAAAUUGCACUUUUAUUCUUUCAGUCUAUCUUUGUUGAAGAGUAAUUAUAGUCGAGUAAACUCAAUCAAGAUACUGUCUCUCUGUGAAUAAAAUCUUCGAUUAAUAUUUUCUUCAUUGUAGCUAUGACUUUGUGAAGAUUGCUAAUGAUCAGAACUAUACCUUUGGUAAAUACUGUGGUCGGAGGACUGGAGAGAGAGUUGCAGUUUAUGGAAACUUCGCCUAUAUAACAUUCCAUUCAGACCCCUCUGUCGAAAAAAGAGGAUUCUUCUUCCACUUCAAAACGGUUUCCCCUGGUUUGUAUAGUUAUUAGGAUGGAAAUCUCUCAAAAUGUUUAAUGAAGUGGUGACAGUGUGAUGUUAUAUAAAAAGAGAGAAACAAAAUAACUAUGUAACUGACAUGGAGUUUUUGUGAGUGGCAUUAAUGAACCUCUCACGGAUGAUGGCAACUAUAUCCUAUAGGUAUUCACAUGAUUUCGAGAGCAAUUUAGAAAAAAAUCAGCAUGAGUAAGUUUUUUUAAAAGCCAACCAAACUGCACGAGCCCCUGGGGAGAGUUCAGUUCGUGGUCUAUGAAAACUUUACGAGUGCUGAUUUAUCCCAAUUUGCACAAGGUAAAAUCGUGCGAUUACUUGUUAAUAAUAAUAUAUAUGCAAAAAGUUAACUCAGUUUUCAUUGGUGUACUGUUUCCAGAGUUGUGGGGGUCCUUCCGCAAGAGUCAGCUUCAAGCUUCUAAACUUUCUGUCAGGAAUAACUGAGUAUUUGCGAUCUUUCUCAGUUAGAAUUCGCUAUACAAGAAGGCUAUCACUCUUAUUUUAAUCCCUGUCUUUUGUACUAACUGUAGCGUAAACUCCGAUAUAACUUUGUUCAGGGCCUCCAGUUCUUACCUUUUAAAAAUUUUUGCCUUUUUUGGGAGCCGAAGACUUACCGACAUUUAACCAGUUGUUUGCACUUCGCUGGAAGUUUUUGAUUUUUAAUAAAGACGUCAUUACUUCCCCCCUAACCUGUACGCCAUUUUGUUUUUAUGUGCUUUCGCGACUUUCCUACCAAUCAAUUUAUUUAAACUUUCAACACUUUAUGGGAUAAAUUGACGUGUCUUUAACCAAUAAGCAACCUGAAUUUUUUUUUUAUAUAUGUUAUUAUAAAACAAAUCCGGAGAAAUGUCUUGUACUACCAACUUAGUCUGACCACUAACUUUUUUGCAUUUCAUUGUCUUAUGUAACUUGUCUUUAGAACCGCCCAAAAUAACCUUACCUGCCGUUGUGGAAGCUCACCCAAGUUACAGAGUGUCGAUUCCAGUGACUGGAACUCUACCGAUAUACACAGCAAUAAUAAGAAACUCUACUGUGUUGGUAAACACAACCUAUACUGCAGCCUUUCAGUUCUAUAAGGAGUCAAAUUGCACCUCUGUUGCCUUUAACAAGUAUGGAUAUGAUGUAAGAGAGUUCUCUGUGAUUUUUAAAGGUAAGGAAAUUUCAUAA